UCAACUUGUCCGAGAGAGAGAGAAAAGACAUGAGUUGCCUGGCAGUGGUGAAAUCGAAAAGAAAAACGUUUGGAAUUUCGUAGGUUCCUCUCACAAGAGCCGACACAUCAGUGGUCGCAUCCUAUAAACUUGCACCGCUGGGGCACCUAAUCAUUACCCAUCUCCCAGGUCCAAGCAAACCAAAGUCUUUGAUUGAUUGACUUAUGCUUCUCUUCUUCAUCUUCUUCUUCUUCUUCUUUUGUCAGUUCAUAUUCAAAACUAAAACUAUAUAUACCUGUACAAAUCAUCCAUUUGUUCUUAAAUUUGUCGAGAAAUUGCUAUAGGGAAAGAGCCCAAAACAGGAGUACAGACAUUGAAUCAUGGGUUGGGAAGUUCUUAUCUUGCUUUCAACUAAAUUAUUUACUAUUUUCUCCUGGUACGUGAUCAUCUUUUGAUCAAGGGUUUUUUGUUUUUCCAUGUGAUCUGAAAAUUCUUCUUUGGCUUCUUCUUCUUCUUCUUCUUUAUGCAGAGUUUCAUCUUUUUGUGGCACUCAAUAUACUAUUUAUUUAUUGGUAUGCUUCAGUUCGAGCAAUAGAGAGUGACUCAGAAUUCAAAAACCAGCAGUGCCUUACUUACUGGGUCCUGUUUGCUUUGGUUAAAAUGUCAGAAUCAGUGCUUGAAAAUCUUUUGAAAUGGCUUCCUUUCUGGCCUUAUGCCAAGGGUAUUAUUACUGUUUUCCUAGUGUUACAGUGUUUUGCUGGUGCUUGUUACAUUUACCAUCACUUCAUUAGAUCCACUUUUUUGGGGAAUUCACUGAUAUGGAAGUUUGAAGAAAAAAGAGAGGAACCAGAGUCCUUAGUUCACGUGGUGGAAGAAAAUGUUUCCAAUGGUGAACUCCACAAACCAGACAGAUUUAUCGCUGAGUGGAAAAAACCUGUGUUGAAUUACACUUCGCCUGUUAUUCCAAACAUUCAGAAGGAAUGGUGCUGUGCCCUUUGUCUGAUAAGUACUUCAAACGAAAAUAAUUUAAUCCAACACUUCAACGGGAGGAAGCAUAGGGCCAAAGAAGAAGACCUACUACUCUACAAACAGGCCAAAAGAAAUGGCAAGUCUUCAAUAAUGAUUGAGAAAACUUGUGUUAUUGAGAAUCUUAACCAUAUUGCGGUCAAGUUGCUAAAUCCAGUCGCAAGACCAAUAUUUUGUACAUGGAAAAAGCCGAAUUGUGGUUGGACAAAACUAAAUACUGAUGGAUCUUUAGACAGGACAAGUGCUGGUAUUGGCGGUUUGCUUCGUGAUCACCAUGGUCACCCGCUUUGUGCUUUUGUCUCUAAAGCUCCAGGAGAUGAUGUUUUCUCAGUUGAACUAUGGGCUAUAUGGAGAGGCCUUGUUCUUGCCUCAGGUCUUGGGAUUAAAGUUAUAUGGGUUGAGUCUGAUUCAAUGAGUGCAGUGAAUACCAUAAAUAGACAUCAAUCCUGUAGUAGUCAGAAGGCUAUCCCCUGUUUGAACCACAUAUGGGUGCUUCUAAAGAAAUUUGACAAGUAUAAGAUAUCUCACUCAUGGCGUGAAACUAAUACGGCAGCGGAUUAUCUUGCAAAGAUGAAUCUUAUGGGAAAUGACGUCGUUUUUGGGUCAGUUAACUUCCCAGAAAAACUUCACAACAUUAUCAAUAAUGAUGCUCAAGGAAGGAUAUAUGUUAGAAAUAACUGGUAGUCUCCUGGUUUCCUGAGUAUGGCCAUAACAGCCUUAGAAAGUAACUUAAAACUCUUGAUCAUGGAUAUAGAAAAGGAAGAUAAAUGAUUAAUUUUAUGGUUGUUGCAAGGCCUGGGGUAUAUCUACUACCAUUUUGGUUUCUUUUCAGAAAUGUUAUUGUACACAUAGAGGAGAGUAAGGAGAGAACACUAGCAGGCAUUGAAGCCCUUGACUUCCAUUCUUUUUGGGGUGAGAAAGGGUAACUUUUGGAUAUGGCCAUUUCCAUUUCUAUAUGAUGAGCCAGCUGAAAUGAGCACAAUUACCUCAACAGACUGUAAUUACAAAGAUUCUUAUUUCCUUAUUUUGCCAUGUAAUUAAACUGUACUUUUACUCCCUAGCUUAUCGGGUUUAGGUUUCUUAUUUACUUUUACACAGGUAAAGCUUUAUUUUUAUA